AAGCAGUCGUGAAUAUUUUUUAGCAUCCAGCUGAGAACAUUUAGAGAAAGGUGAUUUAUUUUUAUUAUUUUUAUUAAUGAGGAUCAAUGUCAGCGGAUUCAAGAGACUCAUUAUUAUACAAGUGUCCUUUGAAACUUUGUCGAGACUUUUUCUCCUUGUGGAGCGGUACCAGAGCCGCCGGAGCUGACUGCAUCCUUUCUCAAGGACGAACGAGAGGACGACAGCUGCUUCAAGAUGAAGUGUCAGAGAGUCCUCACCUACCUGCGGAUUUUUGGGACCACCAUGUUCGGCGUGUCCCUCCUGGUGGGCAUCUCCACAGCCUACAUCAUGGGCUACCAGUUCUUCACCACAGCCCGCAAUCACCUCUCCUUCGGCUUGUACGGCGCCAUCUUGGUCAUCCACCUCAUUAUUCAGAGCCUCUUUGCGCUCCUAGAACACAGAAACAUGCGGCGGUCCUUAGAGACGCCCAUCAAACUGAAUCAAUCCUUGGCGUUGUGCAUUGCAGCUUACCAAGAAGACCCAAACUACCUAAGGAAGUGCCUAGUAUCGGUGAAGAGGCUGACGUACCCGGGGAUCAAAGUGAUCAUGGUGAUCGACGGGAACGCAGAAGACGACUUGUACAUGAUGGAGAUUUUUAAAGAGGUCAUGGGAUGGGACAAGUCGGCCACGUACGUGUGGCGGAGUAACUUUCACAGCAGAGGUUCCGGGGAGACGGAUGAGAGCUACGCUGAAAGCCUUCAACAGGUCUCCAAGCUGGUGCUAAACAACAAGUGUGUGUGCAUCAUGCAGAAGUGGGGAGGGAAGAGAGACGUCAUGUAUACAGCCUUCAAAGCACUGGGGAGGAGCAUUGACUAUGUGCAGGUGUGUGACUCUGACACUAUGUUGGACCCAGCUUCAUCAGUGGAGAUGGUGAAGGUUCUAGAAGAAGACCCUAUGGUGGGAGGAGUUGGAGGAGAUGUGCAGAUCCUAAACAAAUAUGAGUCGUGGAUCUCCUUCCUGAGUAGUGUAAGGUACUGGAUGGCCUUCAACAUUGAGCGGGCUUGCCAGUCCUACUUUGGUUGCGUGCAGUGCAUCAGUGGGCCUUUAGGAAUGUACCGGAACUCCCUCCUGCACGAGUUCCUUGAGGACUGGUACAAUCAGACUUUCAUGGGCUCCCACUGCAGUUUUGGGGAUGACCGACAUCUCACAAACAGAGUUCUAAGCCUCGGGUAUGCAACCAAAUAUACUGCUCGAUCAAAGUGCCUCACCGAGACGCCGGUUACAUACCUGCGGUGGCUCAAUCAGCAAACUCGAUGGAGUAAGUCGUAUUUUAGAGAAUGGCUAUACAACUCCUUGUGGUUCCACAAACACCAUCUAUGGAUGACUUAUGAGGCUGUUAUCACGGGCUUCUUCCCGUUUUUCCUCAUUGCCACCGCAAUCCAACUCUUCUACCAAGGAAGGCUUUGGAAUAUUCUGUUGUUUCUGCUCAUUGUGCAGGCGGUGGCGCUGGUCAAGGCCUCAUUUGCCAGCUGCCUCAGAGGUAACAUUGUCAUGGUGUUCAUGUCGUUCUACUCCGUAUUGUACAUGUCCAGCCUGUUGCCAGCUAAAAUGUUCGCAAUAGCAACAAUCAACAAGUCUGGAUGGGGGACCUCUGGGAGGAAAACGGUGGUGGUGAACUUCAUCGGUCUGAUUCCUAUAUCAGUUUGGUUCACCAUCCUCUUCAUCGGGAUCAUCUACACAGUAAUACUGCAGACUAAAAAACCCUUUCCUGACUCAGAAAAGAUUGUGCUGGUCAUAGGGGCAGUCGUCUACGCCAGUUACUGGGUCGUACUGUUGACAUUGUAUACAGUGCUCAUAAAAAAGUGUGGGAAGAGGAAGAAGGAAACACACUAUGAUAUGGUGCUGGAUGUAUGACUUACAAUCAUCACUUACGAAUGAACUUUCGUUUAUGGUUGUGUUCACUCGCACCAUGUUGUUGUCAUACACACGUCUUUUAGAUGCAGAGCAGCUCUGGAGGCACAAUUGGUUUCGUUCAAGCAAAAUGGGCAAAGAAGCAGGGUUUUUUCAAACUUGAAUGGAAAAAAAUAUGUAAAUGGUAGUGGCUGCUUUUUCUUUCUGUUCAUUUGUGA